AUGAAACCAAGUGCUGGCGCACUCGAGCAAGGCACCUUGCAACAGAGCAUGAUAAUGCCUGAUCAUCAUUUUGAUUGCGAACAAGUCGAGGACAGUAAAAGAAUGCUGCAAAUGUCAAAUCCCUAUGCAGACAUUCCGCGAUUAGCAGACUCUAGUAGUAUCAGCAAUAAUAUUGAACAACAAGAAGAACAAGAGAAUAUUAAUGCAGAGAAGUCAAGAAUCAUUACCGCAUCUUCAUCAUCGAAUUCCAAGUCGAAUUCACAAGGACAGCACUCUCAAGGACAGCAGGAGCCUUCUUCUUGUUCUCAAGGAGCGAACGCGGGUACGGGACCGACAUCAGGUGGAGCAAAGACCACAACAAAUAAUACUAGUUGUACCAAAAUAAAUACCCCCAGUAGUAGUACGGGUACUGCUGGCACCACGACCAGAGAACAGGAUACUAGUACGACUAGCAGCGGAGAACAUGUUGUGCAACAUGAGACGUCCACUAAUAGUAGUGCUAGACGUGUAGGUCCUCAUCCUAUAUUGCUUGGGGGUUCAACUACAUCUUCUAGUUCUUCUAAAAAUAAGAGCAAGUUCAACGCCACCUUUUUUUUAGAUGACCACAGUCCCGAGAAGAUGAUCUCGUCUCGUGGCAAUUUGGUAGUUGUCUCUGAUGCUCCACGCAAGGGUGGAUCGGGUUCUAGGAACACUGGUGCAAAAGGAGAUGUACAACCACUCCAAGGAACAAGUGCAAGUAGUGGACAACAAAACAAGGAUGCAAGUUCUUGUAGUACUUCUAUUUUUAAUGCAUCAUCCUCUUCUUGUUCUACUACUCCUAGUAGUACUACCAUUCAUCAGCAUCACGCACCAUCUGCUUCAGCUUCAUCUAGUACUACUACGUUCUCUACUAAUACUAGUACAGUUGUAACAGUAGGUGAAGGUGUUGGCACUUCUACUUCAUGUACAACAACAUCGAGUGGAGGAGCAGGAGGAGGAGGUGCCGCGGCUGUACAACCUGGCAGAAUGGUUCCGAGAGGGUAUACGAGGCGUGGCCGUGGUGGUCGUGGAGGGAGAGACCAUAUUAGAGAUAUCAACAGGGAUGUACUAAACAGAGAUCUCAAUUCAAAUCGCAUGGCGCUUCCUAGGGAACGCGAUGAUCGUAGUGGAGGAGCUGUGAGAGAACGGGAUGGAGGAGCCGUGAGAGAACGGGAGGAUCGUCCUGAUCGUGGAGGAACUGACCGUGGAGCAGGAGCAGCUGACCGCGGAGGCAGUGACUUGGGUGGUCGUGGUGAUCGUGGUGGUGACACUCGUGACCGAGGGGGCAGUGACUUGGGUGGUCGUGGUGAUCGUGGUGGUGACACUCGUGGCACGACUACACGAGGCACAACACAUGGUGAUGACAGGCCUACACGUGGCACAGUGCAUGGUGGUUCACAGCGAUCUGAUAGUAGAAUUGCAGGAGGUCGAAGAAGACGUGAGGUUCGAAAGGAGCAUGGAGGCCACGGAGGCCAUGGAUGGACUAAUUCACUUCGAGAAGGCCAAGCAAAAACUGCGGACUUCGAAAACUCUCAGACGCAACAACAACAGAGAUACUACACCGGUAAUAAUUCGUCCACCACUUCUAGUACUGCAAGUGCUGCUGCUGGAGGUGCAAGUGGUAAUGCUGGAGGUACAAGUGCUGCUGCUGGAGGUGCAAGUGGUAAUGCUACCGCUGGAGGUGGAAGUUGUGCUGCUGGAGGUGGCAGUGGUGCUGCUGGAGGUGGAGGUAAUGGCCCAGUAGUCACUGGUGGUAGUACAACUACGACUUCAUGUGCUGGUACCACGAGGACUGGAGGUGAAACUACAUCAUCAAGUGGCAACAACAAUGUUCUGAACAAUCUUCAUGGAGGAAAGGCUAAAAAUAGCAGUGGUCCCAGUCCCAGCAUCAAUUGUUCUAGAUUGGCUAAACUCAAAUCUGGCAACGCCCUCAUGGUUCAUGUGCCUCUAGUUUCUGGAAGCAACUACAACUCUAGCAGUCUUGCAAACAACAAAUCGGAUGGGGGCGCCUCCUCCAAAAGGAAAAGGAAUAAUAGUCCGACCGUAGUAGAGUCGGACGGAUUGGAGGAGACGACUGGGCAGCGUAUCAAGCUCAAGAAGACGAGAAAGCAUUUUCAUCUAAGGCGGCUAAAUACAAUAAUACAAUGUAAGAACAGUUGUUCCAAGUUCUUAGAACUCUCAAUAACAAACAAGAACUGUUUUUCCUCCAAGUUCUUAGAACUUUACAAUUCUAAUGGAGCUUGUGGUCUCUACCUUGAGUAUGGUCUUUGUUGCUUUCAGGAAAUAAGAUACGUACCAAGAUGAACAGGGACGCAUGCAUGCGCUUAGUUACAGGGACGCAUGCAUACGUUUCUCCCGGGUCGUGUUUCCUGCUUCCUAUCAUUCUGAGGAAACGAAGGGAAAAACCAGAAAUGAAUCUACUUGAUGGGGGUAGCGUUUAGGGCUUCGGAAGGGUGGCUUGGGUUUAGGACUCUAAUUCAUCGCGAUCGCAAAGACUCAGACCAGGGUCGCUCUUCGAGGAAAAUUAUAGUGGACGAGCCAGCAACGGCAACUACCAGAGAGCCAGCAAGUAGCAAAACUAUUCAUAAAAGCAGAGGACGCCGCAGUCACUGUUCACGCGGUGGUGGUAAAAGAGAGCGUGGUCUCGCGAAGCCAGCUACGUCUUCAAGAACAGCAACAACUGGUGCUGCUACAACUACUACAACUACAGUUGUUACGGCCUGAUAUAGUAUAGUUGUGCCGCUUCUAGUAUAGGCACAAUCAUCAUUAUUAUAAUCAUGCUCUAACAAUAAAAAUCCAUUUUCAGCUCUUGCUAUCUUGAGAUGGGAUGACUUCAUCUCAAGAUGGAAUAUGACAUCGUGAGCUCUAAUAUUACAGGAGUACCAGGUACAGGGACCCCACGGCGAAAGUCGUCGUCGAGGCACCUCCCAGGAAGUGAUAGGAAAGCGAAACACGACACUAGGAAGACUCGAGAGCAGCAGUGCGGAUCCCCAGCCGCGGAGCGAAGGAAGCAUCACAGGGCGAAAGAGCACACUACAGGGAGAACUUCCUGCUCACCUCGUAAUUAUACUAGGCUGCCUCAUAGAGAGCAGCACCAGGUGAAGUUGUCAAAAGCUGGCACGAUUAUGGCUAGUACCGCGGGAGCAUAGAUAUCCUUACAGAAGCAGCACCCUUGGAGGUUCUUCUUUUUCAACUUGAAAAACGGACCAAGGAUGCACUAUUAAACACGGACCAUGCUUGCGCGGUAGCUCUAACACCACGUCGCCCUCACGUCACGCGGAAAGAGCUUCAUCUCGUAGUUGUAAACGAACUCGAACAAGGACAGGACCAGUGGCUGCUACAUCAAGAACAUUAAGGGUUUGUUCCGAAUUGCAUUCCCCAGUACCAAAUGGUCCCUGGAGGUUCCUUUCCUAGUAGAAAAGACGCCAGGAAUUAUGUCCUGAGGAAUGUAAUUCCGUAAAAAUCACCUCUAACAACAAGAGCUAGUGGACUUGCGUCCCCUUCACCCGUAGUGCGUGGAAAGAGAGGAGCUGCGUCGUCCAGAAAGGUGGAGAAAAUACUAGAAGUAGUCGAACAAGCUGUAGCUGCCCGUUCUCGCUCAAGAAGGCGCGCACGCGGAGGUCAUCAUGAGAAGGAAGCUGAGAGCAGGACGACGGACCAAGCGGCGAAACAGACUGAGAGGACGACCCAACUACAAGCGGCGAAACAGGACCAGGACAGAAAGGCAACUACGACAAGGCCACAAAAUAAAGUAGAUAAUUUCAUCAACAUAGAAACAAGAACAAGAACCCCUGCUGCUUCUGGAGGGCAACAUCUUGAAGGUACUAGAGCUGGAGGGCAACAGCUUCGAGAUAGGACAACAUCAAGACAACAAGAACAAGAAAGAAGAAAUCCUGGAGGGCAACAAGAGCAAGAGAGGAAAGGUAGGACAACAGUUGCGCCGUCGUGGUCUCCUAAAAACCCUCUUUGCAAGAUGACAACGACAUCCAGUACUACAACUAGUGCCACAGAAGAUGCGCAAGAGCAAGAAAGAAGAACUCCUGGAGGGCAACAAGAGCUCCUACAGGUCCAUCAUCAAGAAAGAAGAACUCCUACAGGUCCAUCAUCCACUAGAGCUGUGGCUACAUCAACUGUAGUGAGUGCAACUGGUGCAUCAACUGUAGGGAAAAAUGCUCCAACGUCAGCUGUAGGUGGGAGUACAACUGGUACAACAUCGU